UUGCGUGGAGGUGUACGCGGCAGGGCGGGAGUGGCGGAGACGGACCGAGAACUGCAGGUGUGAGAUUUAUUUAGAUGGAACAUAUAUGCAUGAGCAGCUAUGGAAAAUGUCAGCCUUCAUAGAAUAAGCUUAGAGACGUCUACAACGACAGAAGAAUCGAAGUCUCAAAAGUUCUUUCUCAGGGCUGCUCUUGAAACAGCACUGCAAUGCACUGCUUCAUAUUCGGAGCUAGGAGCAAAUGCACAAUCUAGCCUUUGGUGAGUCUGGAGGAAGAUAGAGAGAGGGAGAAAACCGUCUGGAUUUGAAUUGUGAGAUCUGGACCCAAGCCUUGUAAUGAUGGGUGAAGAAGGCCCUCCCAGUUUGGAGUACAUCCAGGCCAAGGACUUGUUCCCCCCAAAAGAACUGGUUAAGGAGGAAGAGUAUUUACAGGUCCCAUUCAGUGUGCUGCAGGGUGAAGGUGUGGAGUAUUUGGGCCAUGCUAAUGAUGCAGUGAUCGCCAUCUCCAACUACCGGCUUCAUAUCAAAUUGAAAGACUCUGUGAUCAAUGUGCCUUUGAGGAUGAUGGAAAGUGUGGAGAGUCGGGACAUGUUCCAACUUCACAUCAUCUGCAAGGACUCCAAAGUGGUCAGGUGCCAUUUCUCCACCUUUAAACAGUGCCAGGAAUGGCUGAAGAGGCUGAGCCGAGCCAUUGUCCGCCCUGCAAAGCCUGAAGACCUGUUUGCAUUCGCCUACCAUGCUUGGUGCUUGGGGGUCUGUGCUGAUGAGGAGGAUCAGCACGCACAUCUGUGCCACCCAGGAGACCACGUGAAAUACCGAUUUGAGAUGGAAGUUGUGAGGAUGGACUUUGACUUGCAGAAUGUCUGGAGAGUUUCUGACAUCAACAACAAUUACAAACUCUGUACCAGUUAUCCUCAGAAGCUGCUAGUUCCUGUCUGGAUCACUGACAAGGAGCUGGAGAAUGUGGCUUCCUUCAGGUCUUGGAAAAGGAUUCCUGUAGUUGUGUACAGACACCAGCCCAAUGGAGCUGCAAUCGCACGCUGCAGCCAGCCGGAAAUCAGCUGGUGGGGCUGGCGCAACGCUGAUGACGAGUAUCUUGUGACCUCCAUCGCUAAGGCCUGUGCCUUGAACCCUGGAGCAAAGACAGCCAGUGGAACUCUCCACAAUGGCCCCAGCGAAGGCACUGAGGCCAGCGACACAGACUUUGAUUCCUCGCUGACGGCUUGUUCGGGUGUGGAGAAUGCAGGAGCUCCUCAGAAGCUGCUGAUCCUGGAUGCCAGAUCCUACACCGCAGCUGUUGCCAACAGGGCAAAGGGAGGGGGCUGUGAAUGUGAAGAGUAUUACCCAAACUGCGAGGUGGUGUUCAUGGGCAUGGCCAAUAUCCACUCCAUCAGGAACAGCUUCCAGUACCUGCGCGCUGUCUGCAGCCAGAUGCCAGAUCCGAGCAACUGGCUUUCAGCCCUGGAGAGCACCAAGUGGCUGCAGCACCUCUCCGUCAUGUUGAAGACAGCAGUUCUGGUCUCAAAUGCAGUUGACCGAGACGGGCGUCCAGUGUUGGUUCACUGCUCAGAUGGCUGGGACAGAACCCCGCAAAUUGUAGCACUGGCAAAGAUUCUUCUGGACCCCUAUUAUAGGACCAUGGAGGGUUUUCAGGUGCUAAUUGAAUCAGACUGGCUGGAUUUUGGUCACAAAUUUGGUGAUCGCUGUGGGCACCACGAGAAUGUGGAAGAUCAGAAUGAGCAGUGUCCGGUGUUUCUUCAGUGGCUAGAUUCUGUUCAUCAGCUGCUCAAGCAGUUCCCCUGCCUGUUUGAAUUUAACGAAGCUUUCCUGGUGAAGCUGGUGCAGCACACAUACUCCUGCCUGUAUGGGACCUUCCUGGGCAACAACCCAUGUGAGCGAGAGAUGCACAACAUUUACAAACGCACCUGCUCAGUGUGGUCCCUCCUGAGAGCUGGCAACAAGAACUUCCACAAUCUCCUCUACAUGCCUGGCACCGAGCAGGUGCUGCACCCAGUGUGCCAUGUGCGAGCACUACAUCUGUGGACAGCAGUGUACCUUCCAGCAUCAUCCCCCUGUCCGCUAGGGGAGGAGGGAAUGGACCGCUACCUGCCCCCAGGAUCCCAAAGCCAGGAGUUCUGCGGCAGAUCUCUGGACAGGUUACCAAAGACAAGAUCUAUGGAUGACCUGCUUUCAGCCGGUGACUCCAGCAGCCCGCUGACCCGUACUUCUAGUGAUCCCAACCUGAACAAUCACUGCCAGGAGGUCAGGAUGGGCCUGGAGCCUAGACAUGCCAGCACAGAGGGCCCCGAGCUGCACCCUGAGGAAGGCACCGUGGUGGCUGUUGGAGAAACACACCAGGUGCCAGUGGAGCAGGGGAAAACUCACCCCCUGCAAACCAGCAACAGCUUCAACAGCCACACUGAUCAUCAAGCGCAUUGCAAGCCGCUUAGUGACUGGGUGCCUCCACCAGCAAGCAAUAUCUUUCCAGAGACAGAAAUGGGAUGGAGGGUGAAUGUGGAGGAUGUAGAUGGCAUCAGCCCAGCUCCAAACCAUUCUGGACAGGAGAACGUCUGCAGGACUUGUGUCAGAGUUGUGGAGCAGCUUGAAACAUGCCCCCAUAAUCCUUCAAAAGCAACUGGCCUGGAAUCUGAUGGAAGCUGGAAUCUUGUGAAACCCCCCCACCAAGACACCCUAAAUCCUGCAGUGGGCAUUCCCAGCCAGGACACCCCUGCACCAAGUGUCUCUCCUCAGAACAACCCAAGCCCCAUACCAGGCAUCCCCCAUCAAUAUAAAGACACUGGCAAAAGUGGGAGCAGCAGAAGUGGGCACUGGGAGGAAAUGGGCCGGGUGGGGAUGGUGCCACUGGAGCUAUGGCAAAGGCCCAUUUCCCAGAGCCAGACCAGCGAGUUCUCUCUCCUGGGUUCCAACUGGGACAGUUUCCAGAGGAUGGUGACCUCACUCCCUGGUGGGGAGACAGUAACCAGGCGGUUGAUUUCCUAUGGGUGCUGUAACAAGAGGUUGAGCAGCAAACAGUUGCGGGCGCCAGGGUUCUAUCUCAGUAGCCAGUGGCCUCCAAGAGAAGGUGUGAAACCACCAGUCUGCAGUGCACAUUGUGCAGGCCCUGAAGGGAAGCCUAGCCGGCCAUGGCUACCCUGCCACCUGAAGCAGGUGUCUGGCUCCAAACAUGUGCCACCAAGCUGCCCUUCCCCUGUGCCUCCUCUCUACCUGGAUGAUGACGGGCUCCCCUUCCCUACAGAUGUGAUUCAGCACAGGCUGCGACAGAUCGAAGCCAGCUACAAGCAGGAAGUGGAGCAGCUGCGCAGGCAGGUGCGAGAGCUCCAGCUUAGGCUGGAUAUACGUCACUGCUGUGCCCCCCCGGCUGAGCCACAGAUGGACUAUGAAGACGACUUCACCUGUCUAAAGGAAUCGGACAGCAGUGACACCGAGGACUUCUACUCUGAUCACAGUGAGGACUGCCUGUCUGAAGCAAGCUGGGAGCCUGUCGAUAAGAAGGAGACUGAGGUCACACGUUGGGUUCCAGACCAUAUGGCCUCACACUGCUUUAACUGUGAUUGUGAAUUUUGGAUAGCUAAGCGAAGGCAUCACUGCAGGAAUUGUGGGAACGUGUUCUGUGCUGGCUGCUGCCAUCUGAAGCUGCCCAUUCCUGAUCAGCAGCUCUACGACCCAGUCCUUGUCUGCAACUCCUGUUACGAUCACAUCCAGGUGUCUCGUGCUAGGGAGCUCAUGAGCCAACACCUGAAGAAACCCAUCGCCACAGCAUCCAGUUGAAUGCCAGACAAGGACGCUGUCCAUGCCAAGCCUUUUUGCUCACAGAUUUGAGGGACGGCUCUGCCUCCAGUGGAAUUGUGAAGGUCUUUGGUGCAGCAUUUGAAUACCAAACUCAAAUGCAUUGUCUUCAGCAAUCCUCCUUGAUCCCAUAUCCGUCUGAAGCAGAGGAAUUGAGAUGGGCCCAUCUUGGUACCAGUGUACUUAUAGCUGAAGACCUAGGGCUAAAUAGGAGACCACAAGCUCUUUCUCCUAUGGAUUGGAAAGUGAUGCUUUCACAGAUACUGCCUGUACAAGUACCCCAAAGCAAUAGAAAGGUAUGUUUAGAAUCACUCUUCUUUCCACCCUACAAAAGGCAGUUUGCAUUGUACAAGAAUGAAGAGGGUGGAUUCCGAAUGGUACCUCUGUGUCCCUUCAGAAAGGCUCAGCCUUGAGGUUCCACUGCUUCUCUUUCCAUGGAGUUUGAUUUGCAGGCUGGCUUUGUGGAUGAGGGGUCUGAACUCAUUAGCAAUCCCUGGGUUAACCUUCUCUUGGAUGCGGAAAAGGAAUUCCUUCUCUCUGAAGACAAAAUGGGGCCUCUCUGCAAGGCCAAGCAGAUCUCUGUCAAUGUCCGGGUCCUGCAGAGAGUGGUGAAUGCACUAGACUAGACUGUCCCCCUGCAGUACUGUGUGGGGAGAGGGGAGAAUGGUUUGUUCUCUUCUUGCUCUGCCUGUCUACUUCUAGUCUCUCGCAGUGUCACAUCCUGGUGCUAACACAGGAAUGACCGUGAUUCUGUCCUGGGAUGGAAACAUAACUUGUGUUCCUGUGUUGCUCCUUCUCCCCUUUGCUGCCUCCAUCUCCUCCUUUUCCUGUUGCUCUUUAUCCUGAAAACUUGACAUCUUGAGGGUAGGCCAUAGUGUGUCAUUUUACCUCCUGGAAUGUGCUAUUUGGUGUGCGUGAGGGUUUCAGUCCAAAUGCUGCUAUAUAUUUCUGUGCACUUAAUGUAACCCGAAAAAGGGAGAAUGAAGCAGAGAUACCAAAUUGGGGGUAGGGAGAAAGCCGGCCAACAGAGCCUCUACAGUCUGGUUUUUUUUUCCACUGUAAUGUGGCACUUAACCAAAAGGAUACAGUGAUGGGCAUCACAUGCAGCAUAUGUCACUACGUGACAGAAACAGUCUCUGGGUCAUUCCAACACCACUUAAAAGUUUCUCCUGGACUAGACUUCCUUUCCUGUCUGCUGUACAGAAGCCAUAACUUUUAGAGUCACCCUUUUGAAAUCUGUAGUUAUUGCCUCUCUGUUGCUUCCAUAUGCUACACACCAAGCAUCCCAGCUCAUUUUAAGGCAAGCUCACUGGGGUACAAGUUUAGGAAGACAUGAGGUACAAGAUUAAGCUUCUGCUUUUUCCUUGGAUCCUUGUGAGCCAUGUUUGAUCCUUGGUUCCUGAGAAAUCUGGAGAGAUGCUGGUCGGUGCAAUGGAAAGAGCGUGGAACCAUGGGCAUUUUUUAUAGCUGGGUAAAUUGGUUUUCUCCAAAUUAAGAGACCACAGAUACCCUACUUAAGACUCCACAUUGGGAGGGUGGGGGAUAUGAGUCCUCCCUAUCUCGUAAAUAACCAAACACUAGGCUAUUCAAACCAUGUUCUGACUUCCCAGUUCUAUUUGCAGAACCCAGUGGUUUUCAGAUUUCAGUUGAAGGAGUACCAAAACCAAUUAAUUUCCCGCACUUUUACAUUUCCGCCUCCCUGGUUUCCAAUAAUGAAAGUAAAGGUAGCAUCAUCUGAAGAGACUGUAUCUGCUCAGACUGGUUUGCUGUUCCAUACUGGGAGCAAACAACAAGGGUGGGGGGAGAGAGAGAGAGAGAUGUCAUACUUCUGAUUCUCCCCUGCCUUGUACCUUGCAUUAUUUCCACCCCUAGAGGAGAGUGGGCAUAAGACACUGAGCCCCUGGUGUGAGCACAAUUCCCAUUUGGCCUCACCUUCUGCGGGUGGAAGUGACUGCAAGCCAUAAGGCAGCAGAGAGUCAGGGCCCGUAUUCCUGGACAUGUGGAUUCAGACAUGGUUAAUCUAAACUGCUUUCAGCUCUUGUGGGUGUCAGUGUCACAAUGUGCUGGCCAGAACCUCCAAAUCAGUUCAGUAGCGCUGUGACGAACAAUGUGCUGUAAGACUCAAUACAUUUGAAAUAAAAUCUCUAUAUUAGU